CAUUUCACAAUCGUACUACAGACAAACAACACCAUGGCAGGAAGAGGUAAGGGUAGCAAAGGACUUGGAAAAGGAGGCGCAAAGCGUCACCGAAAGGUCUUAAGAGACAACAUUCAAGGCAUCACCAAACCAGCUAUACGAAGAUUGGCCAGACGAGGCGGUGUCAAGCGGAUAUCCGGUUUAAUGUACGAAGAAACACGAGGUAUUCUGAGGCUAUUUCUAGGAAAUGUGAUUCGUGACGCCGUGACGUACACGGAGCAUGCUAAACGAAAGACUGUGACGGCCAUGGAUGUGGUAUACGCUUUGAAACGACAAGGAAGAACGUUAUACGGUUUUGGCGGAUAAAUAUGAUAAAACUUAAUUAAUUAUAUGUGUUAGUUGGAUAUUUUGUUGAUUUAAUUUAAAAUUUUAUUAUUUAAUAAAACAAGGCUCUUUUCAGAGCCGCA